AUGACUGAGAUACGCUGGAUUAUUCGCCCAUGGCUCCUCUUGUUAUUGCUUGGCUUCUUCAUGAAGGCCCGCGCCGAAGAAGAAGUGGUCGUUACUGUCACGGCGACUGCCCACGCAACAACGUUUGUGCAAGCCACACCAACAGUGCCAAAACCAGCUUCAUAUACUUCCCUUUCUGAUUUCCAGGACACCGUGCUUCGAGUGAGCAACCAGUAUCGUGCCACACAUGAUGCCGCAUCAUUAGUAUGGAAUGAGACACUGGCCGACUAUUCGCAGAAGUGGGCCGAGAAAUGCAUCUGGAAGCAUUCGGACGGCCCUUACGGUGAGAAUCUCGCGUUUGGCUAUGCGAAUGCUUCCGCUGCGGUGAUCGCGUGGGGCGACGAGGGUGAAUUGUAUAAUUUCCAAAAGCCUACCGGGUUUACCGAAGAGACCGACGACAAAACACGCAGGGACGUCUCUCCCAGAGCGGCAGAUGGAACUUCGCGGGCUCAAGGGUGGUAUGUGGUCUGCGAAUACACACCAGCGGGCAAUGUCGUCGGGGAUCACAAUGCCUACUUCAAAAAGAAUGUCUCGCCCAAGAACACUGCCAUGACAACAUCUUCUACCACUAGCAGUGCUUCGUCCACCGCAACCACUACUGCUCCCACCUCGUCGGAUCAGCCACAGGGUGGAGCAGGAGCCAAUUCACUGGAGUCCCCCCUUCCACAUGAUGUUACUCGCUCUUGGAACAGUAGGGGUCGGAAUGGGCCUGUAUACCUAAUAGCCACUCUUACGAGCUACGUUUUAUAG